GUGACAGCGGAGUGACCUCAUUCAAACCCGGUAUUUCAGAUUGUUUAUCCGCUGUCACUGCUUCGUACUCGUAAUAUACCGCCAUGUUCGACCUAAAGGACGGCUGGAAUCUUUCUUUCGCGGGCUGCGGCUUCCUGGGUAUUUACCAUAUCGGAGUUGCCAGCUGUCUGCUGGAGAAAGCUCCAUAUCUCGUCCAGGGAGCCACCAAGCUGUACGGAGCCUCAGCCGGAGCUCUGACCGCCUCCGUGCUCGCCAGUCAGGCGUCCAUAACGAAAUGCUGUGAAGACGUGAUCGAGGUGGCCAAGGAAGCCAGGAGUAGGAACCUGGGCCCCCUUCACCCGACCUUCAACCUGGUCAAAGUGAUCAAGUCAGGCCUGAGUCGAGACCUGCCCUCGGACGCACAUGCCCUGGCCUCAGGACGGUUGUGUGUCUCGCUAACCAGAGUGUCUGAUGGGGAAAAUGUGCUGGUGUCGGAGUUCAGCUCAAAAGACGAGCUUAUUCAGGCACUGGUCUGCAGCUCUUUCAUCCCCAUUUACUGUGGACUCAUUCCUCCAUCAUUCAAAGGAGUGCGUUACGUGGAUGGUGGGAUCAGUGACAACCUGCCGCAGUCGGAGCUGAAAAACACCAUCACCAUCUCUCCCUUCUCGGGUGAGAGCGACAUUUGUCCCCGCGACAAUUCUACAAGCUUCCACGAGCUGCGCUUCACCAACACCAGCAUCCAGAUGAACUUGGGCAACAUGUACCGUCUCAGCAAAGCAUUGUUCCCACCAGAACCCAAGGUAUUAGCUGAGAUGUGUCAGAGUGGUUAUAAGGACGCUCUACGCUUCCUUGAAGCCAACAACCUGCUGAUGCUGCAGCGUCCGAGCCCCGGCCUCACGCCAUCAGAGAGUGACCCUGACUGCUGCUGCACGCACACGGAGACGACCAAAGAUUGGGUGCUGCGGAGGCUCCGCCUAUUGCGCAAGCAGCACUGGUGGCUAGAUGAGCGGAUCAUUCUGCCAACACCAAUCAAAAAAGUGUUCUGCGAGGCCUGCCAGGAUAAAAGCAGCCUGUACGGCAAGGUGUCUGAGAUGCUGCCGAUGAGAGUGGCUUCGUACAUGCUCAUGCCGUACACACUUCCUGUACAGUCGGCGUACUCUGUGGCACAGAGGUUUGUGGAGUGGAUCCCUGAGGUGCCGGCCGACGUAAACUGGCUGUUUGGAGUUGCUACUGGUGUGUACAAACAGGCCUGGAAAGGAGCACCAACCAACUCCGUCAGUGAUCCAUGCCUAAGGAAAUACUUGGAUGCUCCUCCUCCACCGGUACAGUGUGAGAGACCAACACAGUGGGACAAACUGCCCGCUCUUUCCUCCCCAGACAUUCACGGCUCCUUGUCAUCACACAUCCACAAUCCUCACACCGCCCCCAUAUCUCCACAGGACAAAGUCUGCUUCUUUCUGAGCUCAGAUGACGAGUCUGACCAAGCACUGCAGUAGACACACUGGAGGACAUUUAACAGUCAUACAAUCAAAUUCCUGCUCCUCUCUGUGAGGACAUGGUGGACUGAACCAGUGAGUAAACUGGUGAAUAUUAAAGAAACACACACACUCCAGGAUCUUGAUGUGGUGUGUGUUGUGGAGGACAGCUUAGCAAUUCACUGAGGAUCAUGGAUGUGUUAACAGCCCUGCCAUCAGGGGCAUCAAAAGGCAGAGACUUCACCAGCUCAGGAUUCAUUAAGGGUCACUCAAAGGUCGGUUUAGUUUGACCUUUGAAUAGGAACAAACUCACUUGAUUAUAUUCCAUUGUCAUGUGUCACCCGACCCCAGGCUUUUAUUUUGAAAAUGCAGGGGUUGAACAUGCGAUAGUGUGAUAAGUAAAAAUCAGGGGCUCCAUUUUGAUCUCUCUGCUCUUUUGUUUUAUGUUAAAAUGCAAAUUAAUGUCAUUACAGUUGGCAGUUAUUUAUAUUAUAAAAAUAAUAAUUUAAAUCGUUUUAACUGGCCUUUCAUGCAUUUUGAUCAUGAUUGUUGUGUGUCUGUGUUCCAGGUAUUACUUACGUUGUGGGGACCUUAAUAUGUUUACACAGUCACAUUAUGGGGGCUUGUCUUCCUUAUGCGGACAAAAAGCAAGUCCCAUCCAUCCGUCUUCUACCGCUUUAUCCUCCACACCGUGGACAGUUCGCAGUCCAUCGCAGGGCCCUAUAUAGAGACAAACAACCAUUCACUCCUAUGGUCAAUAGGACCAAUUUGCCUAAUCCCCAUAUUGCAUGUUUUUGGACUGUGGGAGGAAGCUGGAGAAAACACACACACACACGUAUAUAUUUGUUCAAUUAUUUUCUCCGAAAGAUGUAACAAAAAACAACCAAUAAGUUUUCUUCUAUUUUUUUAAGUUACUGAUCUAUAAACAAUAUAGAGAGAAUCUCCAGAGUUUGACAACUGCAAAUUAAGGAACGUCUACAGCACCUUCGGGUGAGAGUGGUGCAUGAAGCAGAAGCUCUGAACACUGGUUUGAGCUGAUUUAUCCUGAGUUUUCCCUCUCACAUGAAGUCACUCUGCCUUUUUCUUUAGAGAUAGAGAUUUGACUCUAUGUUGAAAAAAAAAAAACGUCCAGAGUGACUUUUGGACAUUUCUGUCCUCACAUUCAGCCCCUAUCUCUGCAAAAUAUCCAAUGUAGCUCUGAAAGCAGCCAUUAGAAACCAUUAGCAACAUUCGCACCACAAGAUCAUCUUUGUGUGCAUUUAUGUCUAUCGCAAGAGUGGUAAUAGACCGACUUCCUCUCUUACUUUAUUUCAAGCUUUUUCUGUUUUUUUAAAAUGGCGUCUAUAGAUACAAUUUCUAUUGUCAUACAGCUCUGGAAGUGAACACUCAGAGAUGACGUUUUUCCUCCAUCGUGAACCAAGAGGAUACAGAUGUGAUGUCACGUCAUUGAGGUGACAUCAGUUAGAGAAUCUCAAUGCUGAUUGGUUUUUGCAUUGUCAUAUGAGACAAAGUUUUUGCCAAAGUUAAAUUAUUUCAACUCGAAAUGCGCGUCUACUGCAUUGACUCUGUGAGUAAACUUGCCACACGAAGAAUUUGCACUGUAUCCGGUGUGACUGCAGCAUAAUGGUUGGCCUUAUCAUUUCAAAUUUACUUCAUCUUUUCAGUUCUUUCUGUCCUCUCUUUGACUUUUGAUCAUGUAUUUUAAUGGGAAUACAGAUAUUGGAAUUUCAUCUCAAGUGUCAAAGUGUAAACACAUUCUUGCGAUAACCAGAGUCUAGAUUUUACAGACUUUAUACAUCCUAACAUUGUUUUUGCUCUGCAACACUUCUACUGUGUUACAAUCUGAGUAGCUUCAGGCAUGGUUGAAAGUAAACAGAGGGAAUGCAAAAGCCUUCCUGAAACCACACUUGGAUGGCAGGUUAAUAAGUGCGAAUUGCACAAAAAUGAUCCUCGUGACAAAUUUUGUGUUUUCACUGAGCCCUGUUGGCAACAUGGGCAUUGCAACAAAGCAGGCAGUUGAAGCUGUAAUGAUUUGGCCUACCCCCAAAAUAGCUGAUUGUGUUGUUUAUACAGCAACAAGGCCAUAAGUUACUUAUGAAUAACAUAAUGAAAUGAAAAGUAAAAAAGGGAAAAAAAGAUACUGGUAUAGUAUAGGGGUCACUGAUUGGCAGACUUCGGUCUGGAUCCAGAACCGGACACUGGCUUAACCAGACCUAUUUACAUAAAUCAAUGAGUGUGUAUUUUAAGUGGUGCAGCUUUUUCAGCCUUUACGGCACGAGAGGUCCAGCGAAUAUGGAUCAACUACUGUACAUGUGCAGCCAAUUAUAUCACUCAAUGGAUUAUCUUACCUCAUUUCGGGUUUGGGCACAUGGGAUUAGAACUCUUGUGUUACUGUGAACCGCUGAUGUUUCACAGCAUCAUAAACAGAGAAAAUUAUCUUUCACCCCAGUUUUAUCUUUGCAUAUCACAAAGUCCUAACCUGGAGCAUUUUACAAACAUUGAACACUUCCUGUUCCUGGAAAAAAACUUGUAUUGGUUUCUCACAGAGCUGCACAAAUAUCACACAUUAAUUAUUUUAAAUAUGUUUAUUUAACUGAGAAUGAGAAUAAUGAUGUAAAAAUGACCAUUCCCUCUGGUAUCACAAAUCAUAUCGCAAUCGCAUUCGCUAACAUUGUUAUAAAAUGUGCAUCUAAAGUUCUUUAUUCGUCUUUUUUUAUAGGACUGUUUACAUUUGAAAUGAUCAUGUCUAUAACCCACUUCAAUUUCACAAAACAUUUCAAAGUAUAAUUUCAUUAUACUAACUCCCCCUGUGAGUAAACUAGCUAAUGCUGAGGGGGUUUGGUUUUGGGGCCCCAGGUAACCUUUGGCCAUAAGCCUCCAAAGACCCUUGAAACACCCCUGCUGGCAAUAUAAUUUAUCUCACUGGAAAACUGUGUUGUGUUUUUAAUAAAAAAUAUUUUUACAAAACUGA